CAACUUUUGCUCGGCCAUCGGGUCCCCGUCGGAUUGGAGCGAUGAGCAACUGGUUCACCGACAAGGUCAACCACCUGGUGCGGGAGGUGCGUGAGACUCAAAAGGCCGCGGCGGGGCGCAACGCCGACGAGGUCGCCUCCGAGCUGGAGAGCCAGGCGCGGCGAGUGAGCUCGCCCCAGUUGGCCACUGAGUUGGUGAGCCGCUGGGUGGAGCGCAGCGACAGCGGCCACGGCGCCUUUACCUUGGGCGGCGGCAGGGAAGUGUCAGGCGACCACGGCCUCGCUGAGCCCCUCUCCUUCUACCAGGCGCUGCUGAGGAGCCAGGCCCUGGAGCUGCUGCUGGAGUCCUGCGCCAAGGCCCCCGCCCUCCGUGCUGACCUCCUAAAGGGAGGGCCCUCGGACAUGGAGUCGCCGGUCUCUGCGCUGGGCAAGGCGCUGCAGUCCCUCGUCGAACGACUGCUUCUUCCCGGAGCCCUGGCCUUGUGGCCGACCCUCCUAGAGGCGUUGAUGGCAAGCGAGGAGCUCGAUCGGACCUCGAAGGUUGGGAGCUGCCGCAGCUGGGCGAAGCGCGCUUUGAACCUGGUGAAGCGCCAGUGGAAGUACGAGCUGAUCCCAUCCACCCUGCGGUGCUUAGAUCGCAAGCUUUCCACGUUGUCCACAGCCGUUCCACCCCCUGAGGAGUCUUCUGAGCUGCUGCGCUCCAAAGAAGGGAUGUCCAAGGGGGGCAUCCGCGCGGCUCUGGCCAAGAGCAAGCUGAAGUCCGCAGAGGCGGAGGCGGCCCAGCUAAGGGCGCGCGCGGAGCUGCUCUGCGACGCCUGCGCGCGCCUGGAAGUGGCGCAGAGCAGUGGCAGCUCAGAACUCACCGAGGUGGAAAGGCUUCUUGAGGCCGCAGAUGCCAUGCUGCACAUGCUGGAUGCAGGCGUCAAGGAGCUGAGCGCCGAGCAGGAGGGCCUCCGCAGCUCCCUGACGGAGCUGAAAGAUGGCCUCGAGAAGCAGAUGUCAGAGUUCAAAGAGACUCUCACAUCCUUCUCCGCGAAGAGGGCAGUGCUGGAGGAGGAGCGGGCCACGCUGGCCUUGCGCCUCGAGGAGGUGCAAAUGCAGCUCAGUCAGCUGCAGGAAGCUAGCGCCACUUACGAGCGCAGGUCCAAGGACCUGGAGAAUCAGCUGAGGGACACCACCAAGCACUUUGAGGAGAAGAUCGCGGGCUCCUUCUGCCAGCAGCGGCGCCUCGCGGACGAGAAGCUGCGCGCCGUGGCCUGCAAGGCCUGCGCCCACACCGCCAAGGACCUGGUGGCCGACGAGGAGCGGCGGAGGUGUGAGGAGCUGAGCUCACAGCUGCGGCGGAGGCGUAGUGACCUGCGCCGCACCUUCGGGAGCUACGUGCGCAAGGAGCGGUUGCGCCUCGAAGCCAUCGGCGGCCUCGACGAUGCGGCUGCCAAGGUGGAGAAGGCCUGGCAGGAGCUGCAGGAUCUGCUGCAGCGCGCGCUGCCGCUCUGCAAGGCCGAACAGGUUCACGAGAAGCCGAAAGAAGAGCAUGCAGCUCCCCCUGUGGAGGAGCUGCUUUCGGAGCCUCUGCCGGAGGACGCUGCCAGCUUCUUCGCAAAGGACUCCGCGGGUCAGGGCUGCAUCGACUGCGGCCUGCCGGACGCAGACUGGGCCAGCGUCUCAUGCGGCGCCUACCUCUGCGUGGACUGCGCAGGUCGGCACCGGGGUCUGGGGGUGCAUCUCAGCUUCGUCCGCAGCACCACCAUGGACCUCUGGACCCCCCAGCAGCUGCGGCGCAUGCAGCUGGGAGGCACGGGGCGGCUGCGGAGCUUUCUGCAGAGCUACCCCAAGCUCAAGGAGGAGCCCCAAACAUCUCAAGCGCUCUUCACGCGCUACAGCUCUCGGGCCAUGGCCUACUACCGCCAGAUGCUGGAGUUGCGAUCUGAGGGCAAGUCCACGGCUGGCUUAGCACCCCCAAGCAGCAGCGAGGGGCAUCUGGCAGCGGCAGGAGGACCAUCGGAGAAGGAGGACAAGGAAGACGAUGAAGAGACUGCCCUCGGAAGCGUGGAGGAAGAGCUUGCGCAGCUGGAAGCCACCUACGAGAGGUUGAGGCAGCCCGAUGCUGCAAAGAGUCAGCAGAAGGAUGCCAGGUCAAGCAGCUGACAAAUCAGAUUGCGUGUGGCGAAGCUUGUGG